GACAACUGUUGGCAAAUGGCAAUGCCAAACUUCUCGUAAUCUCGUCUAUUCCCUUCCUUCCCCUCCCUCCAGCCAAGGAUUUGAGUCCGGCAAGAAAGUCUGUCUGUAAACCCUAGUCGCUAAAGAAAGACGUACUACUCACAUUACAAUAUCUGUUCUAAGCUUCAGUGUUCACCUAACAUAAAUUUUCAAGUUUCUCUGGCAGAAUGGGAAUCAAGGGUUUAAUGAAGCUGCUGGCAGACAAUGCCCCCAAGUCCAUGAAAGAGCAGAAAUUUGAAAGCUAUUUUGGUCGCAAAAUAGCUAUUGAUGCUAGUAUGAGCAUCUACCAAUUUCUUAUUGUGGUGGGACGCAGUGGGUCUGAGAUGCUCACAAAUGAAGCUGGCGAAACCACUAGUCACUUGGUUGGGAUGUUCUCUCGGACAAUUAGGCUUCUGGAAGCUGGAAUAAAGCCAGCCUAUGUUUUUGAUGGGAAACCUCCGGAUUUGAAGAAACAGGAGCUUGCAAAGCGUUUCUCAAGAAGGGAAGACGCAACAGCUGGCCUAGCGGCAGCUGAAGAGAUCGGCAAUAAGGAGGACAUUGAGAAGUUCAGUAAAAGAACUGUAAAGGUCACACAGCAACACAAUGACGACUGCAAAAAACUUCUUAGAAUGAUGGGAGUACCGGUAGUUGAGGCUCCUUCUGAAGCAGAAGCACAAUGUGCUGCACUAUGCAAGGCUGAUCAGGUUUAUGGUGUGGCCUCAGAAGAUAUGGAUUCCUUAACUUUUGGAGCUCCAAAGUUUCUUCGCCAUUUGAUGGAUCCUAGCUCCAAAAAGAUACCUGUAAUGGAAAUUGAAGUUUCAAAGGUUAUUGAAGAGCUGGAACUUACAAUGGAUCAGUUCAUUGACCUGUGCAUUUUAUGUGGAUGUGAUUACUGUGAUAGUAUACGAGGUAUUGGGCCGCAAACUGCUCUGAAGCUUGUUCGCCAACAUGGUUCCCUAGAAAGCAUAUUAGAGAAUAUUAACAAAGAAAGAUAUCAGAUACCAAAUGAGUGGCCAUACGAAGAGGCUAGACGUCUUUUUAAAGAACCUCUAGUCCUAAAGGGCGACGAUCAACCUGAGCUCAAAUGGGGUGCUCCUGAUGAAGAGGGGUUGGUUGAAUUCCUGGUUGACCAAAAUGGAUUCAACAAAGACAGAGUGACCAAGGCGAUAGAAAAGAUCAAGGCAGCUAAGAAUAAGUCUUCUCAGGGCCGGUUAGAAUCGUUCUUCAAACCAGCUGCUAGUAGUAGCGCAUCUGUGCCAGCUAAAAGAAAGGUCACCAAAUGUGUUCUUGUGUCUCCAAUUCCAAUAACAAAGUUUAGAAUGCUCUCCGUACAAGCUUCCUUUUUGCCCAAAGGUCUUUUGCAGCCCAAUCCUGGGAUCCUUAGAUUUGGGUUCAAAUUAGCCACUACCCUACCGUUUAACAAAACUGUCUGCUCCAGCAUAUGGUACUGUAAAACUUGACGAACCUACAUCUUAAGAGACAACUGGGGCUGCUGAUAAAGGAGUGGCAAACAAGAAAUCAAAAGCCGGGGGCGGGAAGAAGAAUAAGAAGAAAUAGUUGAUUGGGUAGUAAAACCAAACAGGGUUUCAGAAGGUGAGAUUAACGCAAACAUAUGGGUUCUUCAUAGAUGGCAAUGGCAUGCAUGAUUUUGAAUUCAUAUUUGAAAUGGAUGUGUGCCAUCAUUUUGUCCUUCUAUAUUACUCCCUCGGUUCCGUCUGUUUUGGAUGAUGA